AUUUCUGUGGUAUCAAUGGCUGUAGUGUUGAUAUCAGUGUGUAUACUAUCACAACAAAAGUUGGGAAUCAUAGCAGUAAAGAUAGUUAUGAGUGGAAGACGUAUGGAACCCUAUGCCAGGCCACCACAAAAACUUGGCGGCAGCACAAAUGGGUACCAUGUCAAGGAGCAGUACGGAUACUUUCAAAUGCCUUUGCAUUACCCAAGGUACUCCAAAGCUGAGUACGAGGCCAUGCCGGAGUGGAAGCUUGACUGCUUGCUCACUGAAUACGGACUUCCAGUCACCGGAGAUGUCAGCCAAAAGAGGAAGUUUGCCAUUGGAGCCUUCUUGUGGCCUCACUAGUAAGUUUUUAACUAGUGGAGGAUAGCAUAAGACAAGGAUUCGCAUGUGAGGAGUUAUAGCAGCAAAACAUUGAGUAGAUGCAUGAUUUGAGCAAGCUGGAAAGGUUGUAGUCACCUGUAACAAAGUUGUGUGUAACCUGCAUGUGUCUUACUAUGUAUUUGUGAUCUUGACCAAGUAAUGAAUGUAAUCUUCUUUCUAAA